AUGGCAGCUCAGGGCAGCGCGUCAGUCCACAUCCGGAUAAACCUGCUGAGUGGAAACCACACGGAUAUCCAAGUCGUGCCAGACAUGUCAGUGGAGAGGCUGAGGGUGACGGCGGAGAACGCUUUCGAAAUCGAGGGUGGCAUACCGCCGGGGCACCAGCUCAUCUUCCCACUUCUUGUGCGCACGCUUCCUCUCGAUUUGGACCUGACCAGCACCGUCGUGGAGGCUGGGCUGAGAGAUGCCGACAUUUUGGCGAUCAUCCAGAAGCCACGGACUGUUUGGAACAGUGGUGAAGUGAGGUGGAAUGUGAAGCUCCGGUCAGAUGGCGUGCUGGAAAUACCAGAGCCCUCGGGCACGCGGUUCUUGAUGAAGGUGAAGGACAUUGUCCUGAACGUGUCCUGUCAUGCAGCUCUGUUCGAGGACGGAUCUGUGAAGACCUGGGGGUGCCCGUUCCAAGGAGGUGACAGCGAAGAUGUGCAGCACCUUCUACACAACGUGAAGAGCCUCGCAGCCAGCGAUAUGGCAUUCGCAGCUCUGCGCGAUGACGGCAGAGUGAUCUGUUGGGGUGAUCCUGAUGAUUUGUGCGGGCAUGAUCGCGAAGACCUUGUCGAGGUGACCCACAUCGCAGGAUGUUCUCAAGGCUUCGCCGCUUUGACAGCCCAUGGCCGCGUGAUCACCUGGGGCACUCCGGACAUCGACGUCAGAAAUGAUGCUGACAAACAACUGGAGCUCCACAGCAUCAAAGAAGUCAUGGGUCUUCGCACUGAAGCGGCUUUCGCGGCUUUGCGCGCAGACGAUGUGGUCAUCGCAUGGGGUGUAUUCGGCGGUUUCCUGCUGCGUGGGGUUCGACAGCUGGUGGCCUCGGAGCAAACCUUUGCAGCUUUGUUGCACGACGGGUCGGUGCAGGUUUGGGGGCACGAGGACUACGGUGGUGACUCGUCAGCAGUUCGACACGAGCUCCAGAAGGUCCUUCAGAUUGCUGCUUCCUUUGCGGCUUUCGCCGCGCUCAAAGAAAACGGCACGGUGGUCUCCUGGGGAUCGCCUCAAGCGGGUGGAGACCAGGGCGAUGCGAUGGAUCGCUUGGUGCAUGUGCAGGAAGUCACCACCAACAGCACCAGCUUCGGGAGCGGCUUCGUCGCCACCUUGGUGAAUGGUGAGCAAGUCUGUUGGCCUCCAGAUGGUUUGGCUUCUCAGCAGACGCCAGAGGAGUCGUUCAAACAGCCCUAG